CACUUGGCUGCAUUCGGUUUACCGACACCGGGAGAAGCGACCAUGCUGUGGAAACUAGUUGAGAAUGUCAAGUAUGAAGAUAUUUAUGAGGACCGGCAUGACGGUGUCUCGAGCCACAGCUCGCGCCUGUCCCAGCUGGGCUCGGUAUCGCACGCGGGACCCUACUCCAGCGCGCCGCCGCUGUCUCACGCGCCCUCGUCGGACUUCCAGCCUCCGUACUUCCCGCCGCCGUACCAGCCGCUCGCUCACUACCAGAGCCAGGACCCGUACUCCCACGUGAGCGACCCGUACUCCCUGAACUCCCUGCACCAGAGCCAGCAGGGCGCAUGGGGGGCGCGGCAGCGGCAGGACGCCGCCGGGGACCGGAUGGACAGCUCCGCUCUGCUGGCGCAGCCUCGGGCCUCGCUGCCUCAGCUGUCCGGGCUGGACCCGCGGCGGGACUACGGCGUGCGGCGGCCCGACGUGCUGCUGCACUCCGCUCACCCGGGACUGGAGCCCGGUAUGGGCGACGGACUGCUGCACGGGCUGCACGGUAUGGAGGAUGUUCAGACUAUUGAAGACACCAACGGGACGAACAUCCUGGAUCAAUCAGUAAUUAAGAAAGUUCCCAUGCCGCCCAAAAACGUGGGCUCUCUGAUGCUCGGCAAGGACGGGCUGAUCGGUGGAGUCACCGUCAACAUAAACGAGGUGUUCUGCUCGGUACCGGGCCGCCUGUCGCUGCUCAGCUCCACCUCCAAGUACAAAGUGACCGUAGGGGAGGUGCAGAGGAGACUGUCCCCGCCCGAGUGCCUCAACGCCUCCUUGUUGGGGGGCGUGUUGAGAAGAGCAAAGUCCAAAAACGGUGGGAAAUGUCUGAGGGAAAAGCUGGAGAAGAUUGGACUGAAUUUACCUGCUGGAAGACGCAAAGCUGCCAAUGUCACAUUAUUAACAUCUCUCGUAGAAGGUGAGGCGGUCCACCUGGCCCGGGAUUUCGGUUACAUCUGCGAGACGGAGUUUCCCACCAAAGCCGUGAGCGAGUACCUCAACCGGCAGCACGCGGACCCCAACGAGCUGCACACGCGGAAAAACAUGCUGCUGGCGACAAAACAGCUGUGUAAGGAGUUCACAGACCUGCUGGCCCAGGACAGGACUCCCCUGGGCAACUCGAGGCCCUCGCCCAUCCUGGAGCCCGGCAUCCAGAGCUGCCUCUCCCACUUCUCCUUCAUCACGCACGGCUUUGGGUCGCCCGCCAUCUGCGCCGCGCUCACCGCCCUCCAGAACUACCUCACCGAGGCUCUCAAAGGACUCGACAAGAUGUUUCUCAACAACCCUUCCAACAACCGGCACGGGGACGCCGGCAACAAGGCCGGCGACAAAGAGGAGAAGCAGCGGAAAUGAAGCAGGGCGGGGAGGUGUGUUGGGAGGGGAGUGACGACGGAAAGAGAGAGGGAGAAAGAGCCGGGAAGCAGGAGGCGGCCACACACUCACACAGAGAGAGGCGUUACACCGUUAACUUCUAGCUUUACACCACUGCGACUGACCUGCCACACACAGGGCUGAGGAGGAGGAGGAGGAGGAAGAGGAAGAAAAAAAGGCAGAGGAAGACACACCCGUGGGCCAGUGUCAGAGAGCACAGAGGGAUUUUUCAUCUGUGUUACGUUCUUUUCAUUCCCCCCGAGGACAUGGUGGUUACUGUGUUACAUCCAUUUCGCUCCCCCUGCCUGCAUCCUGUGAGACUGAGACGCUGUGAGCAGCCAGCAAACAACAAUGUGUGUGUGUGUUUGUUUGUGUGUGAAUGAACGUGCGUGCGUGCGUGCGCUUGUGUUUGUCUUCACACAGGAAAAAAAAAGCAUUGUGGGUAUGAAAAUUUCGGGUGACGAGUAUUCUGUGAAUCUGUGAAACAGGUUUGUCUGGUUAUUUAACACGAGCACGAGGAGGGAAGGUGUUAAUUUAUGUGUGUAAAUAUUUAUUUAUAUUAAUUUAAAAUGGAUGGUUGUGUAAAUAGGUGCACCAGCUAUUUUGGCGUAGGCCUAUUUAUCUGUGAUUCGACCUUUGUGAGCCGGCGGGCUGGGA